GUAAGAUAGGCGGUCUAUUUGAAACUGUCAUCCAGCCUCCAAAGAAUACGUCAAUAAGAUGGUUUUAUUAGUCCUUAAUAAAGUCCAGACUUUCCCAUUAUCCACCGUGGGAGGCGGCGACUAUUUAUUAACAUAAAGAUCCAGUCACAUGUCGAAACGCUCUGGCUUAGGUGUGAUCACUAGCGAAGAGUUAUCAAAACCUUUAAAAUUGUCAAAGCCAUCUUUGGAUAGUGAUGAAGAAGACUAUAACGAUAAAGAUUGUUUCCGAUUACAUGAAGCAGAUAUAGAUGGUCAGGAAGCUACGACUUUAGAGUAUGAUGAUGAAGUUAAAAUAACUCCAUUUAACAUGAAAGAAGAGCUUGAGGAAGACGGUCACUUCGAUUCCGCUGGCACUUUCAUUUUCAAGAAACAAGUUGAUGCUCGUGAUAAUUGGUUGGAAGAUAUUAAUUGGCUAGAAGUCAAGAAAAACCAGGAAAAGAAUUCAUUGAAAGACACAUCGAUAAGCGAUGAACUCGGCGGGAAAGUGCUAAGUAAAGAGGAGAAACUCGCUUUGUACCAAGAACUCUUAUCUUAUUUACAACCUUCUGAGACCGUUUUGCGCAGUAUCAGACGUAUGGGUGCCUGUUCAGAUACUAAGAAGUCCGCUUCAGCCAGCCAACGCUGGCUACAAAAUAAACAUCCGAAAACUAAAACUGAGACCGGCAAUCCAGAAGGAUUAAUUCGUGUUACUGAAUUAGCUGACCAACUUGUUCAAGGCGGAGAUUUUGAUGUUUAUCAAAAAACAUUCGACGAUAUAAAAAAACUGAUAGAAUGUACAAAACAAUUCGCAGCAGAUGAUGAACUUGAAGUCCUCGGUCAGGCAUUUGAUGAAAAGCAAGGUGACGAUAAAGGUGGAAUCAAAUCAACUGAAGAACAUGAUGGUACUGACCAUGAUGGCAGUAAUAAUAAUACCUCAGUCAUGUGGCAUUUAAAACGUUCAAAUAAACCAAAUACAGAAAUUGAAGGACCAUACACAUCUGAACAAUUAAAAGUGUGGCUUCAAGAUGGAACAUUUAAUGACGAUGACAAUAUUUUAAUACGUGAAUCAACGAAGUCUGAUGGACAAUUCUAUAACAUCACACGUAUUGACUUUGAUUUGUAUGAAUGAGAGUAAAUAUUCACUUCUUCAAUAUUAUGUUCCCUUCGUUUAUGCAUUCUAUUGUAUAUAGAAAAAUUUGUGAAUAUAUAUGUUCGUUUUUUCUGUUGAUUUCUUACCUUACCUUUCGCAUAAUUUUAUUAGCAUAUUGAGAAAGAACAUUUUAUUCAUGUCUGUUUAACGAUCGAUGUUGCAGCAUUUAUGGAAUGGUAACAGUUUUUUUUUUACCGAAAAUCGGGGAAUUAAAUAUUUUACACUCUUCACGCAGUGUUUCGUGGGAAGGAUGAAAAUUUGGCUAUAGUUUACAUUACUAACUAAUAUUGAUCGGAGAACUUGAAAUUAAACAAUUAAUAUUUCGUCUCACGAAUCUCCAGUACUUGCCUACUCCUUUUACGCCUCGUAAAGCAUAGGCAACCAACCAGGAUUCUCCAACCAAUCCUUACGAAAAUCAAUCUAUUGAUAUCAAAAUUGAGCAUCUACGGAGUCCUUUAUUCCGUUCAACAGCACUGUGUUGGGAAUGUUUCCUGGUACUGACAGUCGUGUGAUGCCACUGUAGUUCUCAACUCUCCGAGAUCCCUUUCUUUGGUAUCUUGAUGAGGUAUCCUUCUUUCCAGUCUGUUGGUACUUGUUAUUCCUCCAAAAUGUUUUGAAGAGAACGUAGAACAUCUUUGCAGUUACCUCUAUUUAACUUAAAUAAGUAAAAACUACGUGCUCUCUAAUGACUAACUUUGAGAUUUAGCAGGUCAUUGUUUUUUAUGGAAUUCGAUCAUGAUUGUAGUGAGACAGUUUUCACUGGUGUUAUCUUAUAGUUUCGGUAAUAAAUAAGGAAUUGACUGAAGUUGGAACUGUGAACUACUGUAUGAUGAUUCAGUAGUCUAAGAAUAAUAUGGUCCCUAUUAGAACUGAUGGUUGUGAAUUCGAUCUUUUUCACAGAACUACGGAAUCUUAGAACAAAGCAUUUUUACAGUGCUUAGCUGUUCUGCAGUGGUCAUCGGUGCCCAAUGAAAUUUCAUUUUACAAAAACGAAACUCAGUCGUUAUUAAUAAACAACGGUUUCCGUCUAAUCAUAUCUUCGGAGCUUCAUUAACGUAAAAUCGACAGGAGUGUCACAGAGGACUAGUUUUUAUGAAGGUAGUUCGUCUUCAAAGAACUCGUGUACAUUGAAGUAACUGCAAUAGAAUAGAAGAAUCUGGAGAAGAAAGUCUUUUCGACGAAAUCAUUUGGUUAGGCUUUGCAUUCGUGUUUAUAGUUGUAUGGUAAAUCUAUGUCUAUAGAAGGAUAGAAGAGAUUGUAUGGUGAAGUGAUACGAUACUUUAAAUGUCAGAUGAGGUUGCGUAAUAAUCAGUGGUCUUGGAGGACCAGAAUAAUUUACGGGUUAGAAUUAUGAAGGGUAAUUUUCCGUUUGACAGAUAUGAAGAAAAAAUAAAGAACGUAAAUAAAUAGUCGAAAAAAGCAGGGCUAAUUUAUACUACAGAAGGGAAUUCGGGUCAAGGAAUGUUAAGAGGUUGGAUGUGUUGUUUUUGCACUCAGAGUUGGGGAUUGAAUUGGUGGAUCGCCAACGCCUCAACAGUGCAUAAGUUUUUUAAUCGAACUCCCUUGGAUCCAAUUUUGAUUGUGUCGAUUAUUUGAAUGAAGGCUUCUUACAACUGGAGACAAGGUAAUCUGUAAUGUUUCUAGGAUCGAUGUCUUCUCACCCCUUUCUUACAUUGUGAGAAGGCAGCAUCGCUACAGUAGCUAGUUGUCUAAGGGAAACAUCUUACUGUUUCCAUACCCCUUUACAUUCAGCAGUACGUUUUCUCCAUGGAGCUCUAAGUUUUCUGCUUUUAACCAUACCGUUGUCCGACCAACCUGCCUGGCGAGAUGGAACGUAAAGGAAUAAUCCUCCAAGCCAAUAUAGCUUGCCUGAAACAUCAACAUAGUCAAACCCGACCACCACGUUAAGGUAGUAGAAAAGCAAAGUAUUUCGAUAAUGAACAGAAAUCAAUCCACGAGAAGUCCAUCAUUACGCCUAAAUAGAUGGGUGAAAAUAGAAGCAGAAAUUUUAAUGCUUUUCACCAGUUUUCAAAGCAGUUAUAGUAGUGUUCAUACUGAAUUGAACGUUAAUAAUGAAUUUUGAGCUUUCUUUCGUGACAUGGCUUCAAAAAAUCAAGGGAAUCGGUUGUAGCAUAAUGGUAUUAAAAACGAUAUGUUAUGAUAUGUGGUAACAUUAAUUUAAUAGCCAAUAAUAAUAGGUUGAUAUGAUUUCAACAAUGCAAUCACCCAUUUUCAACUUUGUACAGCAUAUGACGUUGAUAUUUCAAAAUGUUAAGCUAGUGAAUAUUCGUAGUUCAAAUGGAUUAUUAUGGUAUAGUCUCCUUCCUUUAAGAUGGAUGGUCUAAUUAUAAAGAGUUUAUUGUCAUUUUGGAUAUUACGGUUUGUAACCAGUUCACUCUGAUUUUCAUAAUCACAUGAGUUAAGAUUUUCAGUUGUAACUGAGGCUUGAAACUAUUUAUCUGCCUUUUUCGAGUUCUAAUACCAGAUUUGACGAAGUAUAAAUUUGCGUGAUCCACCAAUCAAGUGAAUGAGUACAGUUAAAGA